AUGGAUGGAGGGAAACGAAGGCGAGAAGACCAAAGAAGGAAUGCAGGCAAGGGAAGCGACAGUAAGGCGUGUACCAAUUGUGGGAAAGCUUGUCCCUUCAAUCACUUCAGCAAAAAGCAAAUCCACCAACGCAACUCGAAACGUUUGAUUUGCUUCACUUGCCUUGGAAAACCAAUUCCUGGAGCAGCAAAUAGGGCACCGAUCAAGAAGGAAUGCCAAGAAUGCGGCAAAAUCCUGUCAUCCGAGGGUUUCUCCAAAGCGCAAUGGGGAAAGUGUGGUGAAUGCAAGAGAUGCAUUGAACGGAAAAAGAAACAGCGAGUAGUCUGCACCUUGUGUAAUCUUCCCAACGCGCAUGCUGGCUUUACCAUGUGCCGUGACUGCUACUUGGCGCAAAAGGAAGACACCAAAUCGUCCAAGUUAUCAAUUGGUGUGCGAUACAUUAUUCCAAACUUUCGAAAUGAACGUGAUUUGUCGUUUCAGACGUGUCAACUCCCGUUGAAUACUUUGAUUGGAAACUACACACUGUUAUAUGUUUCACUGGAUGGCGAUCAGCUUCAGCCGAUCAGCUCGUCGGCAAAGGGGUCUCUUGAAAUUAAAACCAAAGAUGAUAGUGAAAAUCGAAUGGUUGGAUCUGUAAAGAUGGCGCUCGGGCAACUGCAAGAAAGAUUCGAUUCCAUUUCAUCGUUUGACAUUAUUGAGCAACCUCCAGAUCGUGGAGUCAACACAGAAUUACUCGCCUUUUUUGCGAGCCAUGUGCACAUUUUUGCACCAGAUUCAUCUUGGCACGACCAUCAAGGAGAUUGCUACACGUUACAUGGAGAUGGUAUCCCUGGGAAAUUGAAAAUAAUCAAAGAUGAUGUUGCCCUUCCUCUGUGGUAUUCGAGUUCGAGAAAAAUCAGACCACAGAGGAAUGCAGAUGAAGUUUUGAGACGAUACGAAAACACUUCUAACUAUUGGGUAUGUAAUCACUUUCGUCUUUCGGAAGAUAUCGGUAGAUUGAUUCGCAAAUUUGUUUGCCCCAUUCCAGUUUUGCAGUUCAUGUCAGGUGAUCUAUUUUUGGUCACUGCCGCAUCGGCAUUCAAACGGCGAGUGCUGGUACAGUCAGAGGUCAUCGUGGUUGCUAGAAAAGUGUAA